UCGAAUUUUGUUUGUUUGUGAAUGUUUAAAAGCAUCGUGGAGGAGGUGACAUGGAAGGAGAAUAGGAAUGGUAAAUAUGGAUGGAAAGGGCGACGCAGUGGACGACCAACAAGACCCAAAUCCCUCUCUGUUUCCUCUCUUUCCUGCUGCCGCUGUCCCCGCUUCUACAGUUGCUACUACUAGUAGCAUCCCCCAAUGGCUUUCCAACCCUAGCUUCAACGCCGACCUUUCCCUCAUCAACGACGCCGUUUCCUCUCUUUCUCGCCCCCUCAACGUAGAAGAAGAAGAGGAGGAGGAAGAAGAGGAAAAAAGCAAAGCAGGCGGAGAAUACCCACCAUUUUACGAGCUACUUGAGGAGGAGGAAGAACAAGAAGAUUCUGAUGGAGCGAAGUACGACGAGAGGAAAAGGAAGAAAAGAAGUAAGAGGAGGAGCAAGAAGAAAACGAUUUCGAAAGAAAUUGGUGAUUCCUUAUCCAAAUACAAAUCCAAAACCUCUCAUUCCAGUGAUUAUUAUUUUGAUUCUCAUCCAGAUCUUGAUAACUUGGCCUACGGCUCUCUCUACAGGAUGGAUGUUCCGCGCUACAAACUUAGAAAUCCUGAACAAUUAUCUGGAUUUAUGUACCGUCGGACUCACAGAUUUUCAACAUAUGAUAAGGAUGCUGAUAUUGAUGCUUUGGAUCCUAAGCUAAAGUCUGCUGGUCGAUACUGGUCUCCUAACAAUGCUGCACUUGAACACCAUAAGGACUUAAAGCGUCUUCGUCGUUAUGCCCCCAAAAAUUCUUCAGAUGUAGUUCCUUCUGAUUUCAUUCCUUUGUCUGAUAUUCAAUCAUCUCCUCAACGUGGUGAAGAAAGUUCAAUCUCAAACAAUUCAGUCAUUGAAGAAUCUUGGGAGGAUGAAGUGCUACGUAAAACACGGGAAUUCAACAAAUUGACCAGGGAGCACCCCCAUGAUGAAAAAGCAUGGCUAUCCUUCGCGGAGUUUCAGGACAAGGUUGCGAGUAUGCAACGACAGAAAGGUGUUCGCUUACAAACUCUUGAGAAGAAGAUUAGCAUACUUGAGAAGGCAACUGAACUUAAUCCAGAUAACGAACAAAUCUUGCUUUGUUUAAUGAGGGCCUAUCAAAAAAGAGAUAAUACUGAUGUGCUGAUUGGGAGAUGGGAAAAUGUGCUUAUGUUGCAUUCUGGGAGUUAUAUGCUGUGGAGAGAAUUCUUGCAUGUUGUUGAAGGGGAGUUCUCCAGGUUUAAAGUUUCAGAUAUGAGAAAAAUGUAUGCACAUGCUAUCCAAGCUCUAUCUGCUACCUGCAACAAGCAGCUUAGACAGAUUCAUGAAACUAGUAAACCCGCGGAUUCUGCUAUGGUUCAUCUAGAGCUUGGUCUGGUUGAUAUAUUUAUUUCCCUUUGUAGGCUUGAGUGGCAGACUGGUCACCAGGAAUUGGCCACUGCUUUAUUUCAAGCUGAAAUUGAGUUUACUUUGUUUUGUCCUUCUCUAUUAUUGAAAGAACAUAGUAAACAUAGACUGUUUGAGCACUUCUGGGAUAGUGAUGGUGCAAGAGUUGGAGAAGAGGGGGCUCUUGGUUGGUCCAUAUGGUUGGAGAAGGAAGAAGAAAAUAGGCAGCGAGUUAUGAAAGAAGAGAGUUCAGAUAAGAAUGAUGAGGGUGGUUGGACUGGUUGGUCAGAACCAUUAUCGAAAUGUAAGGAAAAAAGCACAAGUCUUGAAAAUGUUGCUCAUGAUGAUGCAAUAGCUGAGGAUUUCCAUGAAAAAGUUGAGAACGAGGAUAUUGAGCAAGAAGAUGAUACAGAAGCAUUGCUGAAACAGCUAGGCAUUGAUGUUGAUGCUGGGGCCGGUGGUGAGGUUAAAGAUACCUUGACUUGGGCUAGGUGGUCAGAAGAAGAGUCCUCAAGAGACUCUGAUCAAUGGAUGCCUGUUCGUGCAAAAUCUGGUGCAGUUGCUGAUACUCAUGGACUGCCCAAUGAAGAAGCAGACGAGCAAUUUUUGAGAGAGAUAUUAUAUGAAGAUGUAUGCGACUACUUGUUCUCAUUGAGCUCUAACGUUGCUCGCUUAUCUCUAGUAUUCCAAUUCAUUGAUUUUUAUGGUGGGAAAAUCUCCUCUUGGGUUUGUACCAACAGUUCCAGUUGGACUGAGAAAAUUCUUAGCCUGGAGGGUAUACCAGAUUGUAUUUGGCAAAAUAUGAGAAGGUUGUUGGAUGAUUUAAAUAAAUUACAGAGUAAGCCUGGUGAAUUCAGUUUGGAAUUCCUUUUGGAUAGUGCCAGAGGCAUCCUUCAGAGGACUGAAAUGAUGAAAUUUCUUCGUAAUGCUGUGUUACUUUGCUUAACUGCUUUUCCCCGUAACUAUAUAUUGGAAGAAGCCGCUCUUUUGGCGGAAGAGCUCUUAGUGACAAGAAUGAACUCUUCUAGCUGUUCAGGUGCUCCGAGUCAAUCUUUAGCAAAACGCCUUCUCAAAUGUGAUCGGCAGGAUCUCUUGCUUUGUGGAAUUUAUGCACGUAGGGAGGCCUUUUAUGGGAAUAUGGAUAAUGCCAGAAGAGUUUUUGACAUGGCAUUGCUGUCACUUGCUGGGUUUCCAAUGGAUCUACAGUCUAAUUCAUCUCUUCUAUAUUUGUGGUACGCUGAAGCCGAGCUCGGAAACAAUCGUGGGAGUAAAUUGGAUUCAUCAUCACGGGCAAUGCAUAUUCUCUCCUGCCUAGGUAGUAGUAUGGCGUACAGUCCAUUUAAAAGUCAUCCAUCAAGCUUGCAAUUACUGAAAGCACGGCAGGGGUUCAAAGAAAAAUUAAACACAUUAAGAUCAAAGUGGAUGCGUGGUUCUGUUGAUGAUCAGUCAGUUGCCCUAGUUUGUGCAGCGGCUUUGUUUGAAGAGUUGGCUGCUGGAUGGUCUGCGGGUAUUGAAAUUAUAGAUCAUGUUUUUACAAUGGUACUUCCAGAAAGAAGAAGCCAAAGUCACCAUCUAGAAUAUCUUUUCAACUAUUAUGUUGGGAUGCUUCAGAGACAUCAUGAGCAAUUUACUUUGUCCAAAGCUUGGGAAUCUGUCACACACGGGCUGCAGAUAUAUCCAUCCAGCCCAGAACUCUUUAAAGCUUUAGUGGAGAUCAGCUGUCUUUACACGACUCCUAAUAAAUUACGGUGGAUGUUCGACAACCACUGUCACAAGAGACCAUCAGUAGUAGUUUGGCUUUUUGCAUUAAUAUUUGAGAUAAGUCGGAAUGGCUCGCCGCAUAGGAUCCAUGGAUUAUUUGAGAGGGCACUAGCAAACGAUAAAUUUCAUAGUUCAGUUGUACUUUGGCGAUUGUAUGUUGCGUACGAGAUUAACGUUGUCCACAAUCCAUCUGCUGCAAGGCGAAUAUUUUUUCGUGCUAUUCAUGCUUGUCCUUGGUCAAAAACGCUUUGGCUGGAUGGUUUUCUGAGAUUGAACUCCAUCUUAACGGCGAAGGAGCUGUCGGACCUUCAAGAAGUGAUGAGAGAAAAGGGGUUGAAUCUGAGGACUGAUAUUUAUGAAAUUCUUUUACAAGAUGAGAUUCUGUGAUGAUGUAACUGUAAAAGAUAUUAUGUUGUAGAUAUAAAAUCUUGUUGCUGGUGCAGUAUGGAUGGCAAAUCCAAGUCACUUGGUUCCGAAGGUUGCCGAAUUGUCGGAUAGGUAUGGCACCUUGCUGCCUGGGUUA